AUUUCAAAUGAAAUGAUGGCUUCAAAGAUGAAGGACCGAAAGAGAACACCAGUCUCACACAAGGUGAUCGAGAAGAGGAGGAGAGAUCGCAUCAACCGCUGUCUGAAUGAACUCGGCAAAACCGUCCCCAUGGCCCUGGCCAAACAGAAUUGUGGGAAGUUGGAGAAGGCAGAAAUUUUAGAGAUGACUGUACAAUAUCUGCGUGCUCUCCACUCAGCUGACUUUCCCCGUGGGAGAGAAAAAGGAGAGCUCCUGAGUGAGUUCGCCAACUACUUCCACUACGGCUACCACGAGUGCAUGAAGAACCUGGUGCACUACCUGACCACGGUGGAGCGCACAGAGACCAAAGACAACAAGUACGCACGCAUCCUGGCCUUCCUGCAGUCCAAAGUGGUUUCAGAGCCCGUGUUCGGCUCACGCUACGAGUCUGCUUUUACCUCGCCCGAGCCUGUAGACUUCCUGUGUCAGCUGCGUUCUCCACCGGAGUGCCAUCAGAACCCAAGUGAACCAGUCUUCCAACAGAGUCACAGCGGGCAUUUAUCCUGGCACGGCUCGGCACUUGCCUACCCUCAGCAGCACGGACUGGACCAUCACCAUUACAUGAACUUCAUGAGCCACUCACACAGCUUGCACACAACGCCACACAUUGCUUUGUAG